AUGUUUCCCCAAGCUGCAGAUGGUUACUGUCCAAGGUAUUAGUUUCUUCUGGCUCUGAGGGAGAGAGGCAGGAGGAGCAGCUGCCUUUAAGCAGACUAACUGUAGCAUGUAGCCGGGUAGUCUCCAUGCACUAAUAGAGCUAGACUGUUUUAUGUAUGUGAGCUGCAGUUCAAGUGAGAAGUUGCUGGAGGAGACUUUACUGCAGAGAAGAGAGACUAGGACAGUCAGAGGCUGUUGUCCGGGCAACAACUUCUUCACAUCCUCACCAAAGCUGCCUGAAGAAUCACCAUGAAAGAAAGCUAUUCUGGAUACGAGAACCAGCUCUUUAAAGAGGAUGAUCUUACUGGGGAGGAAGAAGAGAUGCCUUCCUUUAGAGGAAGAACCAGAGGUGGCUGUGUGAAAUGCCAGAAGACAUAUUCUCUGCAGCUGGCCGUCAAAGUGCUCUACGGUUUCUUUGUCUUCCUGAUCAUAGCAGUGGCAGUGCUGGCAUCACUAGUAUUUAGGAAGGUCGACAACUUAUCAGAAGAGGAAUCCUUUUAUCAUAAGAAGAUUACUAAGGUCCAGGAAAGUAUACAAGAUCUCAGCACUACCAGAAACUGCUCUGACUGCUUCGACAUGGCCCACUUCAGCGAGGAGAUCAGUAGGCUGAAGAGGGAGUUUGAGGAUCUCCAGAAAAUGAUCCUGGGACAGGAGCAGGUCCUGGAUCAGGCCUCCCAGACCCAGCAGACCCUGAAGGCAGCCAGAAGCAGGAUGACCCGAGACAUGCAGAACUACUCCCUGUCCAUCAGGCUCAUCAACCAGUCCCUGGAGCGUUACUUAGACCAGGUGGACGGUUGGAAGGCGGUCAUCACCGAGACGGACGAGAGCAUGAAGACUCUGUCUCAGGAUCAGUACGAUCUCAAGGCCACUGUGAAUCAGGUCAAUACCACGGUGGCCCUCAACUCCUUGUGGAUGGAUGCCCUGCAGAGGAAGACCAAUGAGGAGACAUUGGUCCUGCAGAAGAUGACGGCGGACUGGCAGAACUACAGCCGGGUGUUGAGCGGUCUGAAGUCCAACUCAAGCACCACCACUCAGACAGUGAGGAGCAUUCAGAGUGGGAUCUCGGCCACGCACCAGAGGAUCAGCAUGAGCUCGGAGAUGGUGCACGACCUCACCCUGCAGGUGAUGAACCUGCAGAUGCAGCUGGACAACGUCACCUCCUUCAUGGACGAGCAUGAGGAGAACAUGCACGACCUCCACUACCACUCCAAGUACUACCAGAACCGGACGGGCGAGAGGUUCAUCACCCUGGAUGCUCGCAUGGACUCCAUCGAGAUGGAGAUCGACACCAUCUCAUCCAGCAUCAACGCCACGGUGAGCCACGUGCAGAGCAUGUACAAGUACAUCAACAUCGAGAGCACGUCAUGCCAGACGCGGAUGGGUAGCCACACGGAGGACCUGCAGAACCUGAACAACACGGUGCUGCUACUGAUGCACCUGGCUGUCACCCUGAGGCAGCAGUACAUGCUGCUGAGCGUCCGUCUAGAUGUGGAUGCCAGGAACCUGUCCAUGGUCAUGGAGGAGAUGAAGCUAGUGGACACGCACCACACCCAGCUCAUCCAGAACUUCACCAUUCUGAAAGGCGCACCGGGCCCACCUGGUCCAAAGGGGAACAGAGGGGAAGGAGGAGGCAAAGGUCCAGUUGGCCUGACAGGAAUCAAAGGAGACAAGGGCCCAGGUGGGAACCGUGGUCCUCUGGGAGAGAAGGGCCCUAUCGGGCCUACAGGAGCUCAGGGGGAGCCAGGACCAACAGGGGCCAGAGGUGGAGUGGGCGUCAAAGGGGUGAAGGGUUCUCUGGGUCAACCAGGCCCACGUGGUGAGAGAGGUGAGAAGGGAGACAUGGGUACUAUUGGUAAGGAUGGAAUACCAGGUCCCAAAGGGCCACUGGGAAUACAGGGCCAAGCAGGGCUCCCAGGGCUCCACGGGAUGCCUGGCCCAAGAGGAAAGCCCGGGCCUGUUGGUCCACACGGGCCUCCCGGAAUUCCUGGCCAACCAGAUCUCCCAGCUUACCCAGACACGGUGUCUUGAGGGGCCUCUGGUGUCUGAUCACAACAAGGACAGGACGAGCCUCCAUUGGACGUGGGGAAGUACCGGCAGCCUGGCAAAGGGAUGGAGGAUGAUUGAAGAGGAUGGAAUGAAUGGAGCAUGGAAGAGUUCACUCUCAAGCGUUCCCCUUCAUGUUACUCCAUUGUUUCCCUUGGACACUCAAUGGACACACCAUUGAGCAUAUACACACAGCCCAUGUUCAGGUAUGAAGGGGUAUAAAGGAGACAUUGAUAACAAGAUAACAAAAAGACUUGAGUUUAAAAAGAUGCAUUGGAAGUUGUCAGUAUCAUAUACAGCUGAAUGUAUGUUUGAAGGAACCACAGCACUAUCUUGGGGGCUUCAUAAAGGUCUAGGUUUACAAUGCCAUGCACUUUCACGAGGGUAGAGUUAAUUAACAAUAGAUUUUUACACUAAUUUGUGAAACAUUAACACGUGAAAUUCUAUUCAAUGGCACUUUUGGUUUUAUAAAGUGUAGAAACUACAGUCAGUUUUUAUGUGUUUGCUUUUGUAUCUUUAAUGUUUCGGAGCAGGUUCUCUGAAUACUGACUGAAGUUGAGAUGAUUCAACAGGUCAUAGAGUGUAAUGGUAAGGGAUGAAUGAAAUUGCUGAAGAACCAAAGGUACACAACUAUGGAUGUAUUGUAUGUUAGUCAUUAAAUGAACAUUUCCUAAAUGACUUAAAGGGUACGGUUUUGAAAUAUAGAUAUUUUUACAAUAUGUAUUUUUGGUUUUAUUCCAACAAUUUGCCAUGUUACAUUCAAGUGUUUUCAGAUUUUCAAGUGUAGGUAAUAUACAUCAUUUUUGUUGUGUUUCCAUUCAUAUUCAUCUCCGCACAUAAUCAGAGUUGUGUGAUGAUCUGUGUAUUUUAAUAGCAAAUAGAAAACAUAUGAAAAGUUAAAAUGAUAAGAGAUGCUAUUUUUGUAAACUUGUGUCAUUCUUAUAGAUGUUGAAUAAAUGCUACUAUUCUACUUCACCAAAGUGUAUUGACAUCGUACACUCACAAGUUCUGCUAUUCUUUAACAUAUUUGAACUUUAAAAGGUUCAUGAAGACCUAUUUUGAACUAUCAAUCUAUGUGUGUUAGAAGGCUCUGAUGUAGCUGCCAGGAGAGCCAAUAAGGGUUCUAGUCAGUCCUAGAUGUUUGGGCUAUAUUUCCGCACAGAAUAUUAGCUGUGGAUAUUAUGGCUUCAAAUUACAUGCUGGUAACAUGUAGUCUCCAUUAGUGGAAAGUACUUUAAAUCUUUAAAGUACUACUUAAGUAGUUUUUUGGGGGUAUCUGUACUUCACUAUUUAUAGUUUGGAUUACUUUUACUUUAACUCCACUACAUUCCUAAAGAAAAUGUGUACUUUUUACUCCAUACAUUUUCCCUGACACCCAAAAGUACGAGUUACAUUUCAAAUAUGCUCAGGCAGGACAGCAAUAUGGUCCAAUUCAUACACCUAUCAAUAUAACAUGUUGUUAUCCCUACUGCCUCUGGUCUGGCAGACUCACUAAAUACAAAUAAUGUGUUUGUAAAUGAAGUCUGAGUGUUGGAGUGUGCCCCUGUCUGUCCAUAAAGAAAAUAAAGAAAAUUGUGCUGUCUGGUUUGCAUAAAGGAAAACUAUUUUGGUAUAUGUUUUCAUUAGUCCACUGUUGAUACAGUCCCAACAUGCUUUGUAUGUCAGCAGUCAAGUUUUCAAGAUAUUGCAUUUUGAAAACUUGACUGUUGACAUGCAACACAUUUUGGCCUUGUAUCAACAAUGGACUAAUGAAAAAAAUACAAAAAAUAGUUUUUGAGUGGAUUUUCCCUUUAAUAUUAAGUAUUGAGUACUGUUUCCACCACUGUACUUAAGUACGUUUAAAACCAGAUACUUUUACUCAAGUAGUGUUUUACUAGGUGACUUUCUCUUUUACUUGAGGAGUUUUCUAUUUCCACCACUGCCAUUCUGUCUGCUCUGAAACAUGCAAGGUCUCGUGAGAUCUGAGGGACAUGAACUUUAACAAAAACGUCACCUAAAAUCCACGCAAAUCCCAUAUUUUUGUGGUAAUACGGAUUUGCAAUGUGUGGAGGGAUUCCACCACUUUAGAUUUUCACCUCAUCAAUAUUACAGUGGGAAACAGAUUGUAAAAUGAAAAAGCUUUAAAACCUGAAGACAAUAUGAAAAGACUGCAGCGUUUAAAUUUGAGAAGGUGUGUCUGAUUUCAAUGGCUGGCUGUGUAAAGACACUGUGUUAAAAUGGCUUCUCUUUCAUAUGUUACUGGCACAUGUGGUGUGCAAACCGCCACAAGAUAUCUGACCUCCAGCAGCUUUUCAAAACCAUUACCACAUGUACAACCAUAAAUCACUCACAGUCACAGUGUGUAGGGAGAGAUUUUGGCUUGAUGCGUCUUUAAAAAUUGCAUAUUUGGGCAGAAACAGAUGCUGUCUCUGAUUACCAUGUUUGUGCCCUCCUCAACUGGUCAUGGAUCUUAUCUUUGCAGUUUUACAAUAACCAUUGUUAGUGCCGCAAUAACUAACCGCUACCGUAAAUAAAGCACAUUAAGCAAACAUA